AUGCAGCGAUCGGUGCAAAAGCCAUGGCAGUUCUACUUUGUCAUGGCAUUUCCCAAUAGCGCCAAGAUCAUGCAUGACGAGCUCAAGAACAUGGUGGAGUCCACGUACCACAUCCAAGAGAAAGAGAUCUCGUACCUGGCCCAUCUCGCAGCAAAACACCCUCGAAACAACCUCCCAAAGCCCGUGUCGCCCUUCAUCGCCGUGUUCAUGACGUUUCUUCGACGGACGAACGGUCUGUCGUUGGUGUUGCUUUUGGGCCUUGCCGGGGCUAUCACGUAUACCAAGACUGCGACAGAGUACGGCAUGUUCUUGAACGCGCCAGUGUUAGCUGUGAGUUAUUCGCUGGUGGGACUGCUUGGCAUCACGCCGUACCUUGGGUGGAAAGGGGCAACGUCGCAGAGUUGGUCGUACUUGCGGGCUUAUGAUGCCGGGAUCAUUUGUUUCUUGGCGCUGCUGGGAUUGGGGGUGUUGGGCCUCGAGUUCUUUCAAGCGGACAUUCACAACGCCCUCGCCAUUCACGAAACAUCCACCAACCACUCGAUGACUAUCCAAGGCAGGUCGAUUCUGUUUCCCCGGAAUGCGUCUACGAUAGACACCCCCCACGCCGUCACCAGCUUUAUCCAAGCCGAAGCGGAUAAGGCGUUUGUGCUAUUCCUCCAAGCUCGAUUCGAUGCGUGGUUUCCCCAAACCAUCAUCACCACCAACACCGUUUCCAACGUCACGGCAACCAACUUGAUGGCGUCGUCGUCAUGGGACCCGCGUCCGUGGCUCGCUAGAACCUUCAACGUCUCGGCCGUGUUUUACCCCGAACCGCUCAAGGAAACCCCCCAGUGGAUGACACAAUUUAUCGCAACCACAUGCACCAACACAUCCGACGUGGACGAUACCCUCUUGACAGGGUUCGUCCCGUUGCCCGUGCACCCCACGUUCCACUUGUGUCUUCGGCCGAUCUUGCAGUUUAGCGUCGAUACCGCCUACGUCGUCGAAGAGCUGCUGCUCGCCCUCGCCAGCCUCCUCGCGAUUCAAUAUGCGACGCUGUUGCUGUUGAAAUUUGUCGACCCGGCUUCUUCGUCUGCAUCUACUACCGCCGACGCGGCCAAUAAGAAAGCCACGAGGAAAACCAGCAGCUCCGUCAUGCACUUCUUCGACGCUGCCUUGUUUGUCCUGGGUCUGGUGUUUCUGGCCUCUUCUGGCACCGGGCUAUACGUGGUCUUAUCGCGUCCAGACGACGUCGCCGUCGACACGGAGAUCCAAAUCAUCGAAGCCAGUGGCAUCGGGUUUGGUUUCGUGUACGGCAUCCUGCUGUGUUUGUCGGCGGCACUUGGGUGUAGCCCCAAGCUCAUGAAGGUUCAGUCGUUCGUGUUGCUGGUGGUCGUGGGGCUCCAACUGGCACUGGCCACGACGCUGUACAUGGUCAAGGUCAACAUUGUAGCCCUUGCAACUCAUUCGUUUGAAGCCACGACGUGGGAUGAAUCCAUCGUAGAGAUGGGAUUAUCUCACGCCUUGGCCAAACUAGAACGCGCCAGGGCUACAAAUGUCACGACCAGAACGUUAACCGGGCUGCUCCAUGACUUUGUAGAGCAAGAAUGCCACGCAUUCACUGCAAAACCAUCCCAAAAUACCACCAAUAACCACGCGUUAGAAACACUGCCACCGCCGCCGUCUAUGACCACCACCUUGUUCCCCUCGCCUUCCAACGCUACAGGUGCAUCCGUUCAAUCCUUACGGUUGUUGCUUUCCAAGGCAGCGACAGGCGCCCCCCCCUCCCCCUUGAACGACCCUUGCCGCAUCCAUUUAGCUAUGAAACUGGCCGCGUUUGUCGGGUGGAUCGUCAAUGCCGCCGGGGUUGUGGUCACCCUCCAGACGAUUCUCAUGAUGCGCAACCUGUGGACACUUGUGCUACUUGUUCGCCUUCGAAAGCUCAUGGGUUUGAAGACGCGCAAACCCAAACGAACGGGGGGUCCGCCGUCGGUGCCGUACACGGACGAUGAUCCCACGACCAACGAGGUCACGCUGCCGUUCCACGUCGCUAUGGACAGGUACUGGGAGUCGUAUCCCCGCGGAAGUUCCAGCAACGAAGCGACCGUCGCGCACGCCCGCCACCAGUUUACCCUCGAGUGGCUCAAAGUGACGGGCGCGUCGUCCGUCCAUGAAAAGGACGCGCUGCUGACCAUGAGCCAGUUCCAAUCGAUCGUCCGCGUGCUCGUGCUCAAGCGACUGGUGACCAAAUGUGGCCUCGAGGUGAGCGUCAAUAUAUCCCGGGACGGCAAGCAAUUGUACUUUAAACUCACCGCGCCGCGCAAAGUCGUGGCCGAAGAAGCCGAAGCGCGCAAGUACAAGCUCCAAGUGCGCAAUGCCGUCGACCCCGGUGUAUCCUUCUGGACGCCCAGGCAAGUGACGAUUGAAAACACAGUGUACGAUGUGCAAACCGCCAAGCAAAAGUUAUGCGCAUUGUACGGGCGGCACGCGCUCACGGUGGUGGAAAACCAAUUUUUCCCCGACGAAACCAUGUCGCAGAUCUCGCGCCGCAUCAACGUGCACUCGCGCCACGCGUUAUUCAUUGAAGACGACAAAACCAAAAAGAUGCCGCCGCCGUACCGGUACACGCCGUACGUGAGCGUCAAUAUAUCCCGGGACGGCAAGCAAUUGUACUUUAAACUCACCGCGCCGCGCAAAGUCGUGGCCGAAGAAGCCGAAGCGCGCAAGUACAAGCUCCAAGUGCGCAAUGCCGUCGACCCCGGUGUAUCCUUCUGGACGCCCAGGCAAGUGACGAUUGAAAACACAGUGUACGAUGUGCAAACCGCCAAGCAAAAGUUAUGCGCAUUGUACGGGCGGCACGCGCUCACGGUGGUGGAAAACCAAUUUUUCCCCGACGAAACCAUGUCGCAGAUCUCGCGCCGCAUCAACGUGCACUCGCGCCACGCGUUAUUCAUUGAAGACGACAAAACCAAAAAGAUGCCGCCGCCGUACCGGUACACGCCGUACGUGCCGUACUUUCGCAAAAAUGCCAUGCAAUACUUGUACCACCGGCACUCGACGCAGCUGGAUCUGCCCACGACGGACGUGGCGCCUUCCGUGUUUCAAGUCACCGACUGCCUCAAGCUGCUGCAUCUGGUCAUCCAUGAUGAAAUGGACACGGCUCGGAUGUUAUCCAAUGGCCUCUUGGACGGGUUCUCGUGCCUCCACAGCGCCUCUCGAUUCGAAUGGACGAACUUAGUGUCGCUGUCGUCUUCAUGGCUGACGUAUUGGCGGCCUCGUCACCUGCCAGGGGAACCCGACCCAGACAAGCGGUACUUUGCCAACUUUUGGUGCCGCAUCUCUCCGUUCCGGCAACCGCUAGCGGACGUCCGCGGGUACUUUGGCGAGCAAAUCGCGCUGUACUUUUUGUGGCUUGGGUUUUACGCGCAGUGUCUGCUGUUUCCCGUGGUCGCUUCGAUUGUGUAUAUUGUCGUGCGUCGCGGCAACUUUCACAGCUACGAUUCUCCGUCUUCGUUAUCGUCAGUGGAGGAGGACGAUGAUGGAGGAGUGUACUUGCAUGACAUGCCGGUGGGGCUCGUCGUGCUGGUCUGGGCAUUCGUCUACGCCAAGUGCUGGCAACGCAAGAACUACAUGUGUGCCAUAGCAUGGGGCAUGCACGGGAUCGAAGACAACGAGCAAGAUCGCGCCGACUAUUACGGCACCGAGCAAGUUAACCCCAUCACAAAUCAAGUCGAGCGAGUCUUUUCAACCAUCAUGCGGAUGCAACUGCAAGCGACGUCCGCGGCAGCCAUCGGCGCCCUCAUGCUGGGGUUCUACACCGUGGUGGUCCUGCUGUUUUCGCUGCUCCAGCCGGCACUUGUGCACGCGGCGGGGCCAGUUGUGGGCACAACCCUCACCUCGAUCCUCCAAGUGUUGUUUAUUCAAGCGAAUGCAUCGUACACGUCCAAGCUGGCACACUGGCUCAACGAUCGCGAAAACUAUCGCACACAAUCGGACUACGAGCACUAUUUGAUCAUGAAAAUGUUUGGCCUGCAAAGCUUGUACCAUUUCUCGGCGCUGUUGUUUGUAUCGUUCGUCAAGCGCACGACCCUUGGGUGCGUGAACUUGUCGGCACUCGAACCCAAUGGAACGCACUUUGCCGCCAUCUCUUACGCCCACAACUGUAUCCCAGAACUGGAAAACUUGCUGCUCGUCAUGUUUAGCUGGCGCGUGCUGUCCAAUGUCCUCGGGAUGGUCAUACCUAUAACUCAACUCAUGGUGGGGACACGUACUAGUAGUACUACCACCAACCUCGCUCGGUAUGACUUGGAGUACGAGCUCUCAUUGGCCACAUAUGAAAACACAUAUGAAGACUACUCGGAGAUCGUGGUGCAGUUUGGCUUGUUCACGCUGUUCAUCUUUCCCUUACCGACCGGCCCUAUCUUUGCGUUUGCUGAAACUGCCAUCAAUCUCCGCAUGGACGCGUACAAGCUGUGCUACUGCACCCGCCGCCCCCUGCCCCGCGACGCCCAAGACAUUGGCGCGUGGUUCAUCUACUUGGGGAUGCUAUCCCGGCUCUGUGUGGUAAUCAACCUCGGGGUGUUGUUCUUUACGGCGUCCAACUUUGACCAGUACACGAGCCAAGAUCGGUGGACGUUUUACCUGCUCAGUGUCGCAGGGGCGUUACUCGCGUACGAAGCGCUUUGGUUUGUCGUGCCACGUCGGCCCGACGCAGCAGCAAAUAUAUUGGAGCGCCACGACUUUCUCAAGCAAAAGUACCUGUUUGCAUACGACAAACGAUCCUCCACAACGACGAGUAGUCGUACUAGUCAGGCGAUCGGUAGCGAUGCUAGUACUACUACUGCUAGCCACCACCAUCAUCCGUCGUGCCAAGAUAUGUUGGAUACCCUCGACACAUUCAGCGCCGACGCCCUCACGACCCUCAACACCCGCGUGGAGCUCCUCACGCGGUUCAACGCCCUCUUUGCUCAAAAGUCACAGGAUGCAACUCCUCAGACUGGUACGAUUGAACUCACCCACGCCGGAUGUGCCCCUACUACGCUCACUGGUAUCGACGCCAUCCGAGAAGCUGUCCGUCGCAGCUCGGGGCUAUUCGACGAUGACGAAGCUGCAUCUGAAUGGUACUUUUCCCCUCAAGAGAUGCCCCCCCCCCCGAUGUCCCCGCCAGCCAACGACCACCACCACGUGCGUACCCACCAGAGCUCACAUCGUGCCACGCGGACGUUUAUGGACGACGCAGAGGACGAAGAGUAUAGCCUGCGGGAAACUGACCAAGACAUUGCGGAUGUGCUCUAG